CCAACAUGGCGAACGCAGGCUGCAGCUCUCUGGCGACUAUUCUCUUUUUAUUCGUCUUUCAGGCGGCUCUUCUACAAGGAAAACAUCUAUCAUGGCGUCCCUGCCAACAUGGUCUAAUUCUUCAACAACUUGUGAAGGAAAACAGCAAAAAGUGAGGAACCAGUGUCUCCUAAAGAAGUAUUUUAUUAGCGGCAGCAAAUCAAAUGAUGGCACAGGAACUGCACAGAUUCCAGUGGUGAGUCAGAACCUUGUGACGGACAACGUGUCGGUGGUGGAGGGCGAGAUGGCCAUCAUCAGUUGUCGGGUGAAGAACAACGACGACUCGGUCAUCCAGCUCCUCAACCCCAACAGACAGACCAUCUACUUCAGAGACAUGCGGCCUCUGAAAGACGCCCGCUUCCAGCUGGUCAACUUCUCCGACAACGAACUGCGGGUGUCGCUGUCCAACGUGUCGCUGUCGGACGAGGGGCGGUACGUGUGUCAGCUCUACACUGACCCGCCGCAGGAAGCCUAUGCCGACAUCACCGUGCUGGUUCCUCCAGGUAACCCCAUCAUCGACGUCCGUGAUGAGGUUCUGAGCGAGGGCAACGAGACGGAGAUGACCUGCACCGCCAUGAGCAGUAAGCCUGCCGCAAGCAUCAGAUGGAUGAAGGGCGAUAAGGAGCUGCCAGGGAAGCCCAAAGUGGAGCUAACGUACGAUAGAAUGUACACAGUGACGAGCCGGCUCACGUUCACCGUCAACAAGGAGGAUGACGGCGUGCCAGUGGUUUGCAUUGUUGACCACCCUGCGGUCAAGGACUUCCAAGCACAGAAAUACCUGGAGGUGCAGUACAAACCCGAGGUUAAGAUCAUGGUGGGGUUCCCUCAAGGUUUGACGAGGGAAGGAGAGAACCUGGAACUGACGUGUCAAGCCAAAGGCAAACCUCAGCCCCAGCGAGUCAACUGGGUGAAAGUGGACGAUGACGUGCCAUCCCACGCCGUCAUCACUGGCGCUGAUCUUUACAUCGAAAACCUCAACAAAUCCUACAACGGAACCUACCGCUGUGUGGCAGCCAACUCACUGGGGGAGUCUUUUGACGAGUACAUCCUCUACGUCUAUGAUGCUCCCACCACUACCCCUCCACCCACCACAGCCACCACCACCACCUCCAUCACCUCCUCCUCCUCCCACCACCCUGCAGCCAGUCAAGACACUACGCCCAGCACUGAACCUGCAGCUCAUGAUUCUCGAGCCGGGGAAGGAGCCCCCAGAACAGUGGACCAUGCGGUGAUCGGGGGGGUCGUAGCCGUGGUGGUCUUCGCCAUGCUCUGUCUACUCAUUGUCUUGGGACGCUACUUUGCAAGGCACAAAGGUACCUACUUCACGCACGAAGCCAAAGGGGCGGACGACGCCGCCGACGCAGACACAGCCAUCAUCAACGCUGAGGGGGGUCACACCAACUCUGACGAAAAGAAGGAGUACUACAUCUAAUCAAAGCAGGACCCCGCAUCUUUUAGUGUCCUCUUUAUGGGACACUCUUGUUUCUGGGGGGGGGGGGGGGGUUAAGGUUUUGAGAGGCGAUCCGAGAUGGGAAGAAAGACACGCUUCUUUUGUCUAGUCUAGUCCGCAGAUGUAGGUGGAAUGUUUUUGUGUGUUUCAAACAAAAAAAAAACAAAAAGGAAGAGUUUUUAGGAAGCAGACCAAGAGGGGGGGGGGGAUCAGGUGCCAGAAAUCACUGUAGAGAUCUUCUUCACCAUACUCCCUCUUAAACACACUCCCCCCCCUGCCCCGCUGUUGUCGAGUCCAACCAUUUUUGCAGAAAAUUCUGUGCCUUGUUCGGGUUUUUUGUUGUUGUCGUGUGUGAGACGCUCAUUUGCAUCGCCCCGCCCCCUCCCGUUGUCGUGUUUCUCUCACGAGGGCUUUGAAGUGACACAAUGACAAAGCCCCCUCUUCGGAUUCCUCCCUAAAUGUGUCGCCUGCAUAACAAGACUCCAGUAUACUGUGAUGACAAAUGCAUGGAAUGCUUUACCAUUAGUGUACAUAACAAUGAAGAAGUGAUGGACUCGUAGAUGCCCCGCCCCCUUUCUGCCCGCCCAGCACCACCCUUUUAGAGUGACAUCAAAAAACCACGGUCAAUUAUCUUUCUAUCGGUUUUAAAAUUCAUCCUAUCCUUAAAGGACGACCACCAUGCUCAAUUUAUACUCUGCAGAGUCGGGGGCCGGCAUUCUGGGGGUUUAAUGUUCGUUUUUUGUUUAAAAAAUCAAUUCCCUAUUGUCAUCUCACAAGUCAUAGAAAGUAAAUAACAAAACACUGUACUAUACACGAAUCCUUACUACAAACUAUUUUUUACAGACGACUAGAAAUACAAUGACUGUGGUUGUUAUGAUUCUUAUUAUUAUUAUUGUCCACUUUUGCUCCCAUCAAAAACAGAACUUUUUUUUGGAAUUGUGCCCAUCAUCCGCGAUCCUUAUGUGAGACGAGAACACACACGUCUUUCCACUUCUCUGUGUUCUCCAUAGCCGCCUCAUGCUGGGAUGGCGAUUCACCUCGUCCGCCCUUAAAGCUUUUUUAAAAAAAACAAUCCAUAAACCGCCAACAACGUUUUACAAGCUGUCACGUUCAUGAUAACAUGGAAUAUUAUACUCAUAAUGGGAAUAUUAUUAUUCUAUUAUUAUUCCCAUUCCAUUCUCACUUUUUCCCCACCACUAAUUAAAAAAAAAAUGACAUUCAUUUUUUGGUUAUUGUCAUAAUAUUAUAUAUUUUUUAUGAUGUUUUUAAAAAUUUUAACUCUAUGCUGCUAAAUUUAAAUGUUUUUCCUCAUAAUAUUUAUGUUAUUAUACCUUUUUCUUACUAAAAUAUGAUUUUUUUCCUCUUCAUAUUUUGAGUUUAUUCUCAUAAAAUUACAGCUGUUUUUUUAUUUCUUCCAUUCUCAUAAUGAUGCCUUCAUUCAUAUAACAUUUUGACUUUAUUCUUUGUUUAUUAUUAUAACAUUCAAACAUUAUUUAUUGAUUUUUCCUUGUUUAAUUCAAUUUUUUGAAUGUGCCGCAAGCCAAUGAAAAACAGCCGGGACCGCAAAUGGGCCCCCUUUGGAUGGACUUUGGCUUAAAAUGACCAGUAUUCAACGUUCUGAUGAAUGUGUGCUCCUACACUACAUAGUGGAAAACCUUGUUGGCCGUUUAUGGAUGGAGUCCUUCAUAGGUGGACUGCGGGAAUGGAAUUCCCAUGCCAACGUGAGGCGGCUAUGUUCAGUAGAACACAGAAAAAGGAAUCUGGGGAAGCCGGACGUUGUCUCACAUAGAAAAUGGUUGGAACUUUUUUUUAAAGUGCAGUUUUCCUUUAAUGGUUCCAAUUUUUGCAUGCAUGAAUGUGAGUGCUUCAUUCCUUGCUUUACAUAUUCCUGCCAAAGCAAAAUUGCUUCUUUUUUUACUGCAGAACGCCAAAAGUCAUGAACUGUUUAUUAACCGAACUUUAGUACGCAUGAAGGCGCUAGCCUCUUAAGGAUUUGUCACAUGUGUUCACGGGGAAAGCAGCAUCCCGAGCGAGUCGUUAAGAUCAAAAUAGCUCUCCUUAUUGUUGUUGUUGUUUAAUCAACGGAAGCAAAAUCACAUUCGACCGUAAUUUCCUCUUAGCUUUCACGUAAUGUAGCUGUUCCACAUACAGCGUCUCGCUAAAUGUUCUCCUUUUUUGUGUGUUUUUUUUUUAAAUAAAAUAAUUAUUUUUUGUGAAAAAAAAAUCCAAACAUUGCAAACCACAAUCACAUUCUGAAAUGUUAAAAUGUGGCAAGUUUGGCUCAAGAAAAGCCAGGAAAUGUGUAAAAAAAAUAUUGACCUAAUUUAGAAUCCCGAGAAGUCCAAAACAAAAAAGUGUGGAAAGUUUUGGCGGUACAUGUUUGUAAAUAUUAUAGGCACUUUGUAUUUAUUUAUUUUGUUGGAUAAAAUGACAAAAAUACGACCAAAAUUCGGGGAUAAAUGUCAUAUUUCUGAUUUAAAAAAAAAGGUACAAAAACCUCCCCCCAAAAAAAGUGAAAGUCACAACAAAAGAAAACAAAGAAAGUUUCAGAUGAAAAAUACAAAAAUUGUGGCACUAAUACACAAUUUUGUAAAAUGCAAAAAUUGUAUCAAAAUAUUCUGAUUUUUUUCCAAUAAAAAGACCAAAAACAGAUCAAAGAAAAUUGUGGUGUUAACACAAAAUUUGUAAUAAAAACAAAAUUGCAUGAAAAUAUACACCAAAUUUGUUUUUGGGGGAAGAGAUUCUAAUUUGGUACUUAAACUCGUAAAUCCUAAUUUUGAAACAUUUUCUUUGAAGAGAAAUAAUACAAUUUGUGUCUGUAAAACAAAAUUUGGGGAAAAUUCUACAUUUGCAGAUAUGUGUUUACAGGCCGGACCAAAAAUUUAAAAUCACAAUUUGUAUUUAUUUGCUUUUGAGUGCAUAUUGGAAAACAAAUCAAAUCUGUAAUAAAAGUCAACAAUAUCGUCAAAAUAUGCACUGUGAAUGUGAAAACUGAAGCAGUAAAAUUUGCAAAAGAUGACAUUUGAUUCAAAACUGGCCAAAACUUUGCACCAUACUUGCACUUUUUUGUCACGUCUUUCAAAAACAAUUGUAAUUUUUUUUUUAAAUCUCACAAUACAAAAUAAUGACUCCUAUUUGCGUUUACCGUUGGGAAAAACUACGACGUCUUGCUGCCCGUGUGGACACAUUGGCCGCUUAGCACUUCACUGCCGUGUUCGGGAUUUCUAGGGAAAUUCGGGAAUUCUAGACAGCGCAGCCAUGCUUGCAAACCGUCCUGAGUACGUAUGACAGCUUUAAUACCAUGGUCACGCCGCCACGACACCCUGGAGUUUCUAGUUUGUUGAGUGGUGCACUUUUGACACUGUACACUGAUGACGACACUGUUUUUGUGUUUGUUACGUGCUUGGUAGGUUUACAGAUUUGGGUACAGAUUUGAUGUGGAUUUUUUUUUGUUUUGGUCUGAUCGAAGAAAUAAUAUUAUGAGCUGAGUUUGUAAUGUUGCUUUAUCGGAAUCACAAUGCACGAUUUGUCCUUGAGCGUGAGCACACAUGACAGCUUCCAUUAGAACCCUGACAUCUUGACAUCUUGAAUUAAGGAAUCCAUCAAUCAAAAGCAUCCAUUCCCCCAAUACUGAUGAAUUAGGAUGUUAUUUGCAUGCGUUCGUUUUUGUUUUU